CUCAACUGUCAAACGGCGGCGGCGAGGAUAACACCGAUGCUGGCUCUAUUCAGAGUAGAACGUGCUCUGAAUUUCACAAUCAUAUAUCAGAUAUCGAAAUCAGUGCCCUACUUUCAGAGAUGCUACUGGUCUGGUGGUAUGAACUACAACUGUAAAAUGGUUGGUGGAAAGAGUAACAGAAGAACUGCAGAGAGGAAGAACCAAAAAUCAGUUGCUCCUGUAUGGAGACCAGUGUCUACACAGUCUCGUUCAGUUGAAGUGAAGGAUGUUAAUGAUGGUGUCAAUGUUGAGGUUGGAAGUCAAGUAAAAGUGUACGAUGGCAGUUCUAGCGGGGUUUUAAAAAGUCAAGAUGGUCGGGGUGGGGCUGAAGUAGGUGCUAAAUUGGCUGAACCAAAUAUUGGUCCUACAACAUUUUUAGAUAAAGAAGAAAGCAAGGCAUUUGAAGGGUCGGUGUCUUCUACAGAUAAACACUUGGUCUCUUUGGAGGUAGGGUCUUCCUUGUUGCGAUUCAUCAAAGGAAAAGGGGGUUCUAUGCAGGAAAAAAUUGAAGGGGAAAUGGGGAUUAAAAUUAUAUUUCCAUCAUCAAGAACGGAAGAAUCAAUAACGAUUGAAGGCAGUUCUCCUGAUAGUGUAGCUAGAGCUUCAGAAAGAAUACAACUCAUAAUUGACGAGGUUGUUAAAAGCUCAGCUCUUGACUACUCUCACUUCGUAUCACUUCCGUUGGCUUUAUAUCCUGAAUUGGUUGAUCAGCUUGUCAACUUUCAGAGUUCGAUAUUAGGGAUGCACGAUCCGAACCCAGAUGAGGUUUUGGAUAUUAGUUCCAAUAAAGAUACGACGGAUGAGGAAGAUCGGGACCAAAAAGUAGAUGAAGCACCUCAAGUUGCGGUCACACUUCAAGCUCAAAAAGAUGGUGAAAAUGUUAAAGUGGAUGUCACUAAUAUACGCCGUGUAAGUUAUCCCCCUAAAUCCUCGGCUACCUCCGCCUCAAAGUCAAAGACAUCUACAUCAUCCGAACUAGGAAUAGAUGAAUCCAUAUUCAUUAAACCGAAGACAUUUCACUUAACGGUGCUCAUGCUAAAGUUGUGGAACAAGGACAGAGUCGAUGCUGCUGUUAGGAUAUUCGAGAGCAUUGCAGCAGAAGUAAUGGAUGCAUUAGAUGGCCAACCUGUAUCUAUUAGACUUAAGGGGCUGGAUUGCAUGAGAGGUUCUCCUGCCAAGGCUCGAGUUCUCUAUGCUCCUGUUGAAGUAGUAGGUGGCGAGGAUAGACUUUUGCAGGCAUGCAAAGUCAUCACCGAUGCUUUUAUAAAGGGCGGCCUUGUUCUCGAGAAAGAUGCCAAACAAGCGUUGAAGUUGCAUGCAACGGUGAUGAACGCGAGGCACAGGAAAAGGAAGACGAAGACAAGAAAUUCCGAUUCAUUCGAUGCUCGAGGCAUUAUGGAGCAAUUUGGUUCCAAGGAGUGGGGAGAGUAUCUCAUCCACGAAGUUCAUCUCUCGCAAAGGUUUGUGUUUGAUGAAGAUGGUUACUACCAUCGUUGUGCUUCUAUUCCGCUCCCGCAGAACCCACAAGCGGAUUAGUUUCUUUAGUUGUGGGGAAAAAAGGGUUUGCAUUCUUCUUUAUUACUGUACUGGUUUCACAGUCAUCAUAGGGAAGGUAAAUCACAGUGUCCUACGACAGAGUGUAGUUUCUUUAUGUUGUGAAAAAAGGGUUUGUGCUAUCCUCUAUUACUGUACUAGUUCCACAGUCAUCAUGGGGGAGGUAAAUCGUAGUAUCCUAUGACAAAGUGUAGUUUCUUUAUGUAGUGAAGAAAAGGGUUUGCACUAUCCUCUAUUACAGUAUUGGUUCCACAGUCAUCAUGGAGGAGAUGAAUCGCAGCAGUGUCCUAGUACAGAGUGUAGUUUCUUUAUGUUGUGUAAAAAAGGGGUUGCACUAUUAUCUAUUAAUGUACCGGUUCAACAGUAUCAUGGGGAGGUAAAUCAUACUGUCGUAGUACAGAGUGUAGUUUGCUUUAUGUUGUGAACUCGUUAGUGACUUGGACUACCGUGAAUAAAAUCAUGAGUAAAUCGCACUCUCCUAGGGCAGGGUGUAGUUUGCUUGUUGAAAUUUGGUUUGUAA